GUUAAAACCCGGAUGUGUUCUGCAUUAAUUAAUAACCAAAAAGCAUCUUUCAAGUUCGACUGUUUGCUCUCUCUCUCUCUCUCUCCACUUUUUGUUUGUAUUCUCGUAUGAAACCAUGGAACCCCAGGAGCAAGCUCACGGCAGCGACGGAGACGACUGUUCCGUCUCCGGCUUCGACUCCGCCGAGAAAGUCAUCAUGAAAUGGGACGCCACGGCGUCGGAAGAAGCCAGAGAGAAGAUGAUCUUCACCGAUCCGCAGGAAGUUAAGCUUUACCUCCACGCCGUCGACGAAAUCCAACGGCACGUUUCCUCCCCCGGAGAGCUCGAGUCUCGAGCCAGCUCAGCGAUCCAGAUCGCCAUGGCUCGCCUCGAGGACGAGUUCCGCAACAUCCUCGUCUCACACAGCUCUCCCAUCAACUCGGACUCUCUAAUGUCCUCUUCCUCCUCUUCUUCUCACCUUGAGGUUGACGAAGACGCGAGUAACAACAACGAAGAAGAUGAUCAAGAAGAGGAAACGGAUCUUCUCAAACGAACCGGGUCUAGCUCCAGCUCCGGUUCAGCUACGGUCCGGUUACCGACCGGGCGGGGAAGCUACAGUAGAUCCACGAGCAGCAUACGCGAGAUCGAGCUGAUCCCGAUCGACGCGGUGGUGUACCUGAGCUGGAUCGCUCGGCGCAUGGUCUCCGCCGGGUACCUCCGGGAGUGCAUUCAAGUCUACGGCAGCGUGCGCAAAUCCGCCGUGGACUCCUCCUUCCGGAGGCUAGGGAUCGAGAAGCUGAGCAUCGGAGACGUGCAGAGGCUGAACUGGGAGGCGCUCGAGCAGAAGAUCCGCCGCUGGAUCCGAGCGGCGAAGGUCUGCGUGAGAGUUGUCUUCGCUAGCGAGAAGCUUCUCUGCGAGCACGUGUUCGAGAGCGUCGGAGCUGUUAACAUCCACGAGGCUUGCUUCAUGGAGACGGUCAAAGGUCCGGCCAUCCAGCUGUUCAACUUCGCCGAGGCGAUUAGUAUAAGCCGGAGAUCGCCGGAGAAGCUUUUCAAGAUCCUUGAUCUCCACGACGCGUUGAUCGAGCUUUUGCCGGACAUCGAGUCGGUGUUCGAUCUGAAGUCUUCUGACUCGAUUAGGGUUCAGGCGGCGGAGAUACUCUCGAGGUUGGCGGAAGCUGCGAGAGGGAUACUGUCGGAAUUCGAAAACGCUGUCUUGCGUGAGCCGUCGAGGGUUCCUGUCCCUGGAGGGACGAUACAUCCGUUGACUAGGUAUGUGAUGAACUACAUUAGUUUGAUCUCUGAGUACAGACCAACGUUAGUUGAUCUCAUCAUGUCUAAACCGUCGAGGAACGCUACGGAUACAAACGCGCCGGAGAUGGACUUCUCCGAGGUUGAGAACAAAGGUCCGUUAGCUCUCCAUCUGAUCUGGAUCAUACUGAUCCUUCAGUUCAAUCUCGAAGGGAAGUCUAAGUACUACAGAGAUGCGGCAUUGUCGCAUCUCUUUGUUAUGAACAAUGUGCACUACAUUGUCCAGAAGAUCAAAGGGUCGACAGAGCUAAAGGAAAUGAUCGGAGAUCUUUACUUGAGGAAGCUAACGGGUAAGUUCAGGCAAGCCGCUACGUAUUACCAAAGAGCCGCUUGGGUCAAAGUGUUGUAUUGCUUGAGAGAUGAAGGGUUAAGGACAAAGGGAAGCUUUGCAUCAGGUGUAUCCAGGAGCGCGUUGAGAGAGAGGUUUAAGUCUUUCAAUGCUCUGUUUGAGGAAGUUCAUAGGGUUCAGUCACAAUGGUUGGUUCCGGAUUCUCAGCUUAGGGAAGAGCUGAAGAUAUCGAUAUUGGAGAAGCUUAGUCCGGCUUACAGAUCGUUUCUUGGACGGUUCAGGAGCCAUAUAGAGAGCGGGAAGCACCCGGAGAAUUACAUCAAGAUCACAGUUGAAGAGCUGGAGACCGAGGUUCUUGACUUGUUCGAGGGGUUAACUGCAACUCAGCAGCAUCAGAGAAGACGAUCAGAAUGAAGAGAUAAGUGCUCUUUCUUUCUACUCUUCAUAGAGCUUUACAAAAAAAUAGAUUCUUUGAAUUUUUUUUCGCAAUUUCGGGUUCUUUGCGUGAGAGCCAAAAUUCAAAGCCAAGAAAGGACUGAUUCAACCUUUGAUUUUAAUUUUUCAGAUUCAUGAGUUUGUAAUGUUGUAUGAACUUAUAAUACAUCUGUCUGGUUACUUGCCAAAUUCUUAGCUCACAUCUUUAUUUGUUCAUAUGAUGAAACUUUGUUGUGUCAAUGUCAUAUAUCCCUUUGUAUGCUUA